GCUUAGUCACGCCUGUGCGGUCACACACACAGAUACUGCCGACUCUCGGUCGACACGGGCGGGGCUCCCGGUCCAUGAAACUGAAUUACCGGCAGACCAAAACUUAACUUACCCCCCCGAGCUGGUCUCUGUCUGUGUGUCGUGCGUGCGUGGGAAUGUGGAAAUUCACAUUGAACAAUCACACGAACUACUCGAGAAUGUCUUCUCAUUGGAUUGUAUCACCGAAAGACUGAGAUACUUUGACAUCUGCGGCUGUAUAUUCUUUUGCGUAUGUUGGCCGCUUAAACGUCGGGCAAAAUGAAAUAAACAUAAACACCUUCGAUUAUUAACAGGCAUCUGGAGAUUUCAGCUAUUAGGCUUUUCACGUCAAUUGAAGUGCUUGUGAAUCGAAUAAGGCUGGCAGGUGUAAGGAGAGGUAGGCAGCAUGGCUGAACCCAGACGAGACAGCACCAGCAGCUUGCAACGCAAGAAGCCGCCCUGGCUUAAACUGGACAUUCCUGCAGCUCAGGUGUCCCUGGAUGAACCACACACUUUUGUCCAGCCAGUGAAGAGGCAUGGUUUCCAUCGCAGUGUCAGUAUGCCUGUGGAGACGUCCCAUCUCCCCUCCCCUCCACGUGACCUCUUUGACCCCCGGCGAGCCGCUUUCCAGCGUCAGUCUUCAAUCACUCAAACCAUCAAGAGAGGCACGGCAGACUGGUUCGGGGUCAGUAAGGACGGCGACGCCACACAGAAAUGGCAGAGGAAGAGCCUGCGGCACUGCAGCCUGCGAUACGGCAAGCUGAAACCUCAGGUGAUCCGUGAGAUGGAGCUGCCCAGCCAGGACAACAUCUCUCUGACCAGCACAGAAACACCUCCACCUUUAUAUGUACCCUCAUCUCAACAUGGCAUGCAGAAGAUUGUGGACCCACUGGCACGAGGGCGUGCAUUUCGCAUGGUUGAAGAAGUGGAUGGCUACAGCGUCCCUCAAACUCCCGUCACACCCGGCGCUGCGUCCCUCUGCUCCUUUACUAGCUCACGAUCAGGCCUGAACCGCGUCCUUUGCAGACGCAAACGUGAGUCUGUGGCCAAGAUGAGCUUCAGAGCAGCUGCAGCACUGGUCAAGGGUCGCUCACUGCGAGACGGCACAAUAAGGCGUGCUCAUAGACGCAGCUUCACACCUGCUAGCUUCAUUGAGGAGGAUGUUGUGGACUUCCCUGAUGAACUGGAUACAUCUUUCUUUGCUAGGGACAUUCUGAUGCAGGAGGAGAUGUCCACCUUUCAUGAUGAGGUGUUUGAGUCUCCAUCAGACUCCACCAUGAAGGACAUAGAUAGCAAACAGCUGGACGAGUCUGAGCUCACUGGCAGCGUGCUGGACAAAAGCGAAUUAGAGAAGAGCCACUUAAUGCUGCCUCUAGAGCGUGGCUGGCGGAAGGUUAAAGAAGGAACAUUGGCACCCCCUAAAGUCAGACUGAGGCAGGAGGUUGUGAGUGUGAAUGGUCAGCGGAGAGGACAGCGCAUUGCCGUGCCGGUCAAGAAGCUCUUUGCUCGAGAAAAAAGGCCGUAUGGAUUGGGCAUGGUGGGAAAGCUGACCAACCGUACAUAUCGCAAGCGCAUUGACAGCUAUGUGAAACAACAGAUAGAGGACAUGGAUGACCACAGGCCUUUCUUUACAUAUUGGAUAACGUUCGUUCAUAUACUGAUCACUAUUUUGGCAUUGUGUAUUUAUGGCAUUGCACCAGUGGGCUUCUCUCAGCAUGAAACCGUCGAUUCUGUUCUUAGAAAUAAAGGCGUUUAUGAAAAUGUCAAAUUUGUGCAGCAAGAAAACUUCUGGAUUGGACCAAGUUCGGAGGCCCUGAUUCACCUGGGAGCCAAAUUCUCACCUUGUAUGCGAAGGGACAGGCAGGUACAUGAACUGAUAAAACAAAAACAGGAUCUGGAGCGAAAUUCAGCUUGCUGUGUGCGCAACGACCGCUCUGGCUGUCUUCAGACCUCAGAAGAUGAGUGCUCUGUACGUACAAGAGCCGUAAACUAUCUAGAUUUUACAUUUGUUCACCCAACUGAGAAGCUGUCAGGCCACUUACCAUUCUACAUCUUUCUCUCUCUUGUUCAGAGCACUUUGGCUGUGUGGGUAAAAUGGCCCCAGCAUCCCAGCGUACCCCAGCUGGAGGGGAAGCCCCGGCAAUAUGGCUCUGUGUGUCAUCAAGACCCCAGGACGUGUAUAGAGCCAGCCUCAGUUUCACCUCACGAAUGGCCUGAUGACAUCACCAAGUGGCCGAUCUGCACCAAAUAUAAUACGGGGAACCACACCAAUCUGCCUCAUAUUGACUGUACUAUCACCGGCCGGCCCUGUUGCAUCGGCACUAAAGGGAGGUGUGAAAUCACCUCGAGAGAGUACUGUGACUUCAUGAAAGGAUACUUCCAUGAGGAGGCAACGCUCUGUUCCCAAGUGCACUGUAUGGAUGAUGUGUGUGGCCUCCUUCCAUUCCUGAACCCAGAGGUCCCAGAUCAGUUCUACCGCCUCUGGCUGUCUCUCUUCCUACAUGCUGGGAUUCUGCAUUGCCUGGUGUCAGUAUGUUUUCAGAUGACGAUUCUUCGAGACCUGGAGAAGUUGGCUGGGUGGCUUCGGAUAUCUAUCAUCUAUAUCCUGAGUGGUAUCACAGGAAACCUGGCUAGUGCCAUCUUCCUUCCCUACAGAGCUGAGGUGGGUCCAGCUGGCUCUCAGUUUGGCAUCCUGGCCUGUCUGUUUGUGGAGCUAAUUCAGAGUUGGCAGAUUCUUGCUCAGCCCUGGCGGGCCUUCACUAAGCUAUUGUGUGUGGUGCUCUUUCUGUUUGCCUUCGGCCUGCUGCCCUGGAUCGACAAUUUUGCCCACAUCUGCGGCUUCAUCUCGGGUUUCUUCCUCUCCUUCACCUUCCUGCCCUACAUCAGCUUUGGCCGCAUGGACAUGUACCGCAAACGCUGCCAGAUCAUCGUCUUCUUGGUGGUGUUCGUGGGUCUGUUCGCCGGACUCGUGGUGCUCUUCUACGUGUAUCCCAUCAAGUGUGAGUGGUGCGAGCUGCUCACCUGCAUUCCUUUCACCGACAAGUUCUGUGAGAAGUACGACCUUAACGCGCACCUCCAUUGAGGGAGGAGAGGCGGGGCUUCAGGGACAGAGGGAAUUGAUUGGAUGAUGAUCUGCAUCUGCCAAUCCCCUGUGUAUCCACAUGAGUUGCACUUUGUCUCUCCCAAAUGAAGCCCUUUCUGUGAGCUCAGACAGUAUGCUUGUGUUAUUUUUUUUUUUUUUUUACUCUGUGCAAGUUUGAACACAAUGUUGACCAUUAUAAGGACUGAGAAUGCAGAAGAAUGGUUUUUAAUGCACCCAAAAAGUUUUAUGUAGUCAGUUGAUAAGGGUGUCUGAUAAUCAUACAAAAACAGGGUCACCUUCGCCCCCAAAAAUGUUCUUUACACUACAGUGUCAUAAUAAAAGCACUGGUACAGCAGAUGGAGAACACAUCUUCUCCAGUUUGAUCAUUGUACUUUUUAUAUUUUAGCAUGUCAGGGGUAGGUUUGUCUGUGUUUAGUCGACCUCAGAAUCCAGGGACGAAAUCUGUACCUUUGGUGCCUUGAUAAAUGUACCUACUACUGCCAUAUUUUCAUUACACGUUGAUCACUCAAAUUAUAUUCUUUUAUUUGUAAGUUACUUCAAAUGAAGUAAUGUUUAUAAUGAAAGUAGUGUUUUAGCUACUCAAAUUACUCACUUGUUACAAAAUACAACUAAAAACAACCUGCA